GUUUGGAUGAAAAAGUCGACUUCAGUCACUAAAUUCAAUGGGAAGGUGAACGUUCACGAUGAAGCCGCGCUCAUAGUUCGGACUGAACUCGGCUGUACAUCUGCGGGAAUCCUCGUUUACAUUUCCUGGGCUCGAAAAGUAUCCACUGCACAGGAGAUGAUGAUGUCUGACGCCAGUGACAUGUUGGCAGCGGCCUUGGAGCAAAUGGAUGGAAUCAUAGCAGGCUCCAAGGCGAUGGACUACUCCAACGGGCUGUUCGACUGCCAGUCGCCCACCUCGCCGUUCCUGGGUGGCCUCCGCGUGCUGCAUCUGCUGGAGGACCUGCGAGCGGCGCUGGAGCUCAUGGACAACGAGGAGAGGGACAACCUGCGGUGUCAGAUCCCCGAUUCGACCGCAGAGGGCCUGGCAGACUGGCUGCAUGGACGAUUGAGCAACGGACACGGCUCGGACGCCGUCUACCAAGAACGUCUGUCACGAGUGGAGAGCGACAAAGAGUGUCUAAUUCUUCAGAUAAGUGUUCUGACAGACCAGGUGGAGGUGCAGGGUGAGAAGAUCCGGGACCUCGACUCAUGCCUUGAGCAUCAUCGGGAGAAACUAAAUGCUACUGAGGAGCUUCUUCAACAGGAGCUGCUGAACCGAACAGCACUGGAGACGCAGAAGCUGGAGCUGAUGACAGAGGUCUCGAGUCUGAAGCUGAAGCUGUCGGCCGCGGAGCGAGAUCACAGGGGCGACGAGGGUUUAUACCAGGAAGUAACGGACCUGCGGUUCAAGGUGACUGACGUAGAGAAUGACAGAUUGCAGUGUGAGAAGAAAUUCAGAGCAACCAAAGAGGAGCUGCAGCUUCUGCAGAGGCGGCUGGACGAGCGAGAGCUGGAGCUGAUGAAACUGACGAACGAGGACAGAUUGAAGACUGAGGGAGCAGACAGAGAUACAGAAAUGUUAAAGAUGAAGAGCGUGUUGGAGACUUUGACGUCGGUCAAUGAUGAGAAGGAGAGAAGAAUAAAGGAGCUGGAGGAGUCGCUUAUAAAGUGCAACAAAGUCCAGCAGCUGGUUAGAGAGAAGUUGAAGGAAGACGACUAUGACGAUAUCCCAGAUGAUGCCUGUGCUCCCACAGCCAUGGACGUGGAUCAGGUCACGCUGGUGUCCGAGGGGGAGGCAGGAAGGAGCUUUGGCGAGUCUGUUCCAUGUAUCGCCGUUCUCUCUGAAAUGAACCAACUGGACAGAGAGCGACAGCUGCAGGCCACAGACAGCUUGACUUUAAAUGGCAGCAACAUCCAGGCAAACAACAAAGCAGGACCUGGUUCUCCUUGUUCUUCUUCUUCUUCUUCCACCAAAGCAUCAAACGCCGCUCACAACGACAGUUUUGGAACAAAGAAGAUUCGAGCGUCUUUCGGCCGUGGACUUUUAAAAUUGCGCGGCGGAGGCAAACGCACGUCCAGCGCUCCGAAUCUGGCUGAGACGGAGCGUCAGGGCACAGAUCACCUGGACUUGGCCGGAGUUCCUCAGCAAAAAUCCCAGGACGGAGCCGCUCUUCUGUCGUCGCCGGAAACCAAAAAGAAAUCCAAAGGCUUCAAGAGGUUCUUCGGCAGACUGAAGAGGAGCCACUCCACCUCCUUCAACCUGGACGACGAGAUGGAGUUCAGGAGGGGUGGAGUCAGAGCCACCGCCGGCCCUCGACUCGGGUGGUCGCGUCAACCUAAAGUCAGCGCCGUCGACGUUCCUUUCUCGCGGUGGAGUCGAGAGGAAGUGUGCGAGUGGCUGCACGAGCAGGGGCUCGGCUCCUUCGCCGCUCAGGGUCAGAGCUGGAUCAGGUCCGGACACACGCUGCUGCAGGCGUCCCAGCACGACCUGGAGAAGGAGCUGGGUCUGAGGCAGCCUCUCCACAGGAAGAAGCUGCAGCUGGCGUUGCAGGCCCUGGCGUCAGACGAGGACGACCUGAGGGGGAAACUGGACCAUAACUGGGUGACCAGAUGGCUGGACGACAUCGGCCUCCCUCAGUAUAAGAGUCACUUUGACGAGGCUCGCGUCGACGGACGGAUGCUGCACUACAUGACUGUGGAGGACCUUCUGUCUCUGAAGGUCGGCAGCGUCCUCCAUCACCUCAGCAUCAAGAGAGCCGUCCAGGUUCUCCGCCUCAACUCGUACGACACUAACUGUCUCCGGCGACGGCCGUCUGACGAGAACAACGUCACUCCAGCCGAGAUCUCACAGUGGACGAACCACAGAGUGAUGGAGUGGCUGCGCUCCGUGGAUCUGGCCGAGUACGCGCCAAACCUGAGAGGCAGCGGCGUUCACGGUGGACUGAUGGUGCUGGAGCCGCGCUUCAACGUGGAGGCGCUCGCUCUCCUGCUCAACAUCCCGCCCAACAAAACUCUGCUGCGGCGCCACCUGGCGACGCACUUCCACCUGCUCAUCGGCUCCGAGGCCCAGCGGCUCAAGCAGGAAUGUCUGGAAAACCCGGACUACGCCGUCCUCAGCGCCACCGCCAAGGUCAAGCCGAGACGCUUGUCCUUCGGCGGGUUCGGCACUCUGAGAAGGAAACGCCACGAUGAAGGCGAGGACUACGUUUGCCCCAUGAACGUGGAAAUGCCCAGAAACGGCAGCUUCCAGACGGGAGCGCGAGUCUACGACGAAAACAUCGGCCACAUGGAACGGAUGGACGACUCUGAGGGAACAGUCCAACAGAUCGGAGCUCUGUCUGAAGGAAUCAACAACCUCACGAACCUGCUGAAGGACGACGAGUUCUUCGUCCGCCAUCAAGCGGCGGACGCAGCGGAGACGCUCGCGUCCUCAGACUCGUCUCAGCGUUAGCACAUGUGAGAAUUAACUACUUUUUUUUUUGUUUUUUAGUAUUUCAUGAGUCAGAAAUCCAGCCGCCGUCGUCUCCGUCACCACAUCAUAGAUAUAUUUAUUGAAGCUGUCAAAUAUAAAUGCAUGAACAGUUAAUGUACCGCUGGUUUUCUUUUAUUACUCAACUAUUUGUGUGGUUUUAUGUCGUCACUGAGGACAGCCUACAUUUAAAUGCUUAUAUUUGUUUCCCCCCCUCAGCUGUGAGAUUGGUCUCCACAAAUAGAGAAACGUCCACAACCACGAGUGACUGAAAUCAUAAUGUAAAAGGCCGGAGAUCUACUCGCAUUUUAACGUACAAUUAUUUCUACUAGUAAUUUAAAUCAUUGGUUCUCACACUUCUUUAUUUGCUGUGGUGUUGCCCCCUAGUGGACAACUGCAGUAAUGCACAUUUACUUUUUGAAACCCAAACACACGUCGACACUGAGUUAAAAAUAGAGAAUAGUAGAUUCUGAUGUUCACCUAAUGUUUUAAAUAAACAACAUAGUGCUAAUAACGGCCCAACUGCACUGUCCUUAUUAAGGUACGUAAAAAGCAAGUAUAUCUCCGGCGCUGAGAACAAGUCAACAUUUUGGGGAAAUCAGGUUAGGUAUUUGUUUUCUCAUGACCAAAAACCUAGUUUCUGCAUGCAAUGGCUCCUAAAAUCACCUUUUUUUUCUCCUUAUAUUUAAGCAAACAAGAUAAAAUGUUGCGUGUGUUUUAACUGCACAAUUAAGAUUAAUUAACCCUUUAUUUUUCACAUCAGAGCUGAUAAUUGGAUGAAGGAAAUUAAUAUUUUUUAUCAACUGUUUGAAUAAUAACAAUUUCCUUGACUGAGGUUAAAAUUAAAUGUGUUAGGACUUAACUUUUCCCCAAAGUCUUAAAACUGUAAAUCCCAAACGUCAUCAUCUCUGUUUUCUUGUUACUAUUCUGCAUUGUUUUUAAAUUUUUGAUAAUAAAAAAAAAUAAACCUUG